AGGCCUUUUCGGUUGUUCGAGGCUUAAAGCGAAGAAGAAGAUAACACGCUUUUCGUUGUUUGCUUGCUGCCAAUUUCUAUCUGCUGCCGUGUUGUGCUCGCCGUCGAAGAAGCGCCUGUUGCUGGAGAAUCAGCAAGGCGUAUCGAGGACCCCCCUCUCCUGUUAUAUCAGAGCCAUGAAACCGAGAUAGCCCGAACUUCAACAGACGGCAGACCAUGGACGCCGAAUCAUCAGCCGAAAGAGAAACCAGGGCUCGUUCCUUGUGGAAGAAGCUGGACACACAGAACGAGGGCUUCCUAGACUUCAAAGCCUUCAGGAAAGGCCUGAAGAAGCUCGACCACCCUCUGAAGAACGCAGAUGGAUUGAUCGAGGACGUGCUUGAAGCUGUCGACAUCAACAACAGUGGUCGCAUCGAAUACGAUGAGUUCCGCAAAUUUGUCGACCAAACCGAACGGGAACUCUGGCAACUAUUCCAGAGUAUAGACCGCAACCACGAUGGCAAUCUCGACAAGAACGAGUUACGCGCUGCCUUUGUCCGCGCCGGCCUCGCAGUUCCCAACUCGCGCCUCGACAGCUUCUUCGACGAUGUUGACACGGAUAACGACGGCGUCAUAAACUUCGGAGAAUGGCGUGACUUCCUCCUGUUCAUGCCUAUGAGCUCGCCAGGACUCAAGGCCGUCAUGUCAUAUUACCAGUCAGCCAUGAAGGUGACUGCAGAGGGCGAUGUGUCAGUCAGCGAUGAUGCAAUUCAGGGACUAGGCUACUUCCUGGCUGGUGGCAUUUCAGGCGUCGCUUCGAGAACCACGACAGCCCCUCUAGACCGUCUCAAGGUCUACCUCAUCGCACAAACCGGCGCCACCGAAACAGUACAAGCCGUCAAAAAUGGCGCUCCCGCAGCAGCAGCAAAGUCGAGCGCAAACACAUUGGUUAGAGCUUGCAAGGAGCUCUGGGCCGCAGGCGGUAUACGUAGUCUAUUUGCUGGCAACGGUUUGAACGUAGUCAAGGUUAUGCCCGAAUCUGCAGUCAAGUUCGGCUCGUAUGAGGCAGCAAAGAAAAUGGUUGCGCGAUUCGAGGGCCACACAAACACUCGGAAGAUCUCGCCCGUUUCGCAAUUUAUCGCUGGUGGUGUAGCAGGAAUGGUUUCACAAGCUGUCGUUUACCCUCUCGACACGUUAAAAUUCCGAAUGCAAUGCGAAACAGUACCAGGGGGACUUCGCGGAACAAGACUCAUCGCUGCGACGGCCGUCAAAAUGUGGGGUAAGAACGGCAUCGUAUCGUUCUAUCGCGGCCUUCCAAUGGGUCUUGUUGGCAUGUUUCCUUAUGCUGCCAUUGAUCUGGGCACUUUCGAAUACCUGAAACGUACCAUUACAGCCUACAACGUUAAGAAGUACGGAGGGCACGAAGCGGAUGCUGCCCCUAGCAGCUUUGCAACAGCUCUUAUUGGUGGAUUCAGCGGUGCUUUCGGAGCGUCUGCUGUCUACCCUUUGAACCUACUUCGCACCAGACUCCAGUCUCAAGGCACUGCCAGCCACCCACGCACCUAUACUGGCAUCAUGGAUGUCACACGACAAACACUUGCAGGAGAGGGAGUCAGAGGUCUCUUCAAGGGCCUCACUCCCAAUCUACUCAAGGUCGUCCCGGCUGUUUCCAUCACCUACGUCGUUUACGAAAACACAAAGAAAGCGCUCAACCUUCGCUGAUCCGCUACCCCUCACUAUACAACAUCCACUGCUUUACGAACGAGAUACCCACAAACCCUCUCUACUCAACGCAUGGCAUUGCCAGCACUCUGUUUUAUGCAGUCUCUCUGUCAUUGGAACCUGUCACAUUCCAACGUUUUCGUCCAUCACGCAUUGCGCAAGGCGCUAUAAUGGAGUUUGCUUUCAUUUCGUUCUUUCGUUUUAUUCUUGUUACUGGGUGGGCAGAAGUUGGCAUCACUUGUCAGCCAGGAUGUCAGAUGGACAAGAAGAUAUUUGUUCUCGGUUGCCAGCAAAUGGCGUGCUGUACUAUCUAUUGCAAUAGAGAGUUGCUGUUUUGUACCUUUGAAUAUUCUACAAUCUAGACCAUAUAAGUUGAUUCAUCG